CACGAAUCGACCGCAUUGUGUCCAGGGAGUGCGGUUUUUCAUAUCGGUACCGGACAUUUCAUCGUUUCACUAACUACCGCAAGAGGGGGAAGUGGUAAAAAGGAGGGAGAUUACAAGUUACACGUGCAUCAGUAAGAAAGAAUGUCGCUGAUCAAUAGAUUCAUGAUCGUGGUUAAACGAGGAGCUGGGUACAAUUUGCAUCACACUUGUAAAUACUCAAGUUUCAAUGACAAGCAAGACGACCCGAACGAUUUGAUCACUAAGUCAGUAUUCAUAUCGCAAUCCACGGAUGUGUUCAGAAAUUUAGCGUUAGAAGAUUGGUUCUACAGAAAUUAUAAUUUUACGAAUCAUCAUGUGUUGCUACUUUGGCGCAACGAUCCCUGCAUAGUAAUCGGGCGUCAUCAGAACCCAUGGAUCGAGCAUAAUGUUCAGAUUGCGGAGAAACGUGGUAUAGUUGUGGCUAGACGGAACAGCGGUGGUGGUACCGUCUACCAUGACACUGGUAACCUAAACUUGUCCUUUUUUACACCGCGGGAACGGUACAACCGGAAGUACAAUUUGGGCAUCAUUACUAGAGCUCUGUACCGCGAAUGGGGCGUAAAGGCUGACAUUAACAAACGCGAAGACAUCGUUGUCGAAGGAGAAUAUAAAGUAUCCUUUGAUAUAUCUGGCACUGCAGCAAAAUUAGGACGGCCGAACGCGUAUCAUCACUGCACGCUGUUGGUCGAUGUAAACAAAACCGCUUUAAGCUUAGCGCUCGAGAAGAAAGAGAAUGGCAUAGAAACGAACGCUACAGCGUCCAUCCGUUCUCCGAUAAAAAAUUUGAUAGAAGUAAAUUCCCAUGUACAAAUGGACAAGUUGAUUAAAGCGGUCGGCUGGGAAUUUCUUCGUACAAAGGCACUUGUUUUAGAGGACGGUGGACAGAAUCUCAUACAACGUCAGAAAGGAUUUCAGUACAUUAAUCCUACCGAAGAUUGGUUCCCAGGACUCGACGAAUUAGUAAACGAAUUUAGAUCCUGGGAAUGGAAUUAUGGUAAAACGCCAAAAUUCACGGUAACGCGUGUUCUCGAUGUGCCUUUACGCGACAGUAAAGUCCAUCGGUUCACUUUAACGUUGGACAUACAGAGUGGUAUCAUCGAAGAGAUCAAAAUGAGACUUCCAGCCGAUCUGGUAUCGAAGGAUUUCAGUCAAGAGGCAAGCGUGAUAACUAAUCUACGCGGCACCAGAUACGAUCACGAAGUAAUGGAAAAUAUAAUAUCCGCGAUCGGUUGCAAGACUGUUACAUUAAGUACGAGCCAAAAUGUAGAUAAAAGUAAUAUGAUUGCUACGCAAUGAUUAAAACCACCAAACAAUCACAAUGAUUGCGCUUAAAUUUAACGCAAUGACAAAGUCACCUUAUUGUAUAAUAGCUAUGCAAAUAGUGUAGACUUGUGUCGUGUAUAGUCUCUUUUUGUUUUGUUGUUUUUUUAUUAAAGACUUGUGUUUAUUAUCACUGUGUAUGCAUGUAAUAUAUAUAUACAUAUAUAUUGUAACAUAAACGAUACAACAAAUGUAUUU